CGUUUUCUCGCUCCUCUUUCUCUCUCUCUCUCUCUCACACACACACACACACCAAACGAGUUUUCAGUUUUAUUUCUCAGGUAGUAGCACCUUCGUUUUCGCUUCGCGUCUUUUCUUUUUUCUAAAAUUUUCCAGCUCGCCAAAAACGAUUAUGGUUUUCUCUCAGUGUGUUUCACUGAGUUUCUGACAGCUUUUUCUCCCAAAAAAGAGGUUGCUUAUCUGCUGUGGUCUCACAAGUUUGCAAUUUUAAGAUUUGGCAAUUUAGGGUAUUAUUGGAGGAGAGAGUGUAUAUGCAGAAACCGACAACGGACGCAAUUAGUAUGGGGAAAAGGAACUUGGAGGGUGGAGAAGAUGACCAGCCUGAACGUAAGAGGCCUGCUCUUGCCAGUGUAAUUGUGGAAGCUCUCAAGGUGGACAGUUUGCAGAAGCUUUGCUCAUCUUUAGAACCUAUUCUUCGUAGAGUUGUGAGUGAAGAAGUGGAGCGUGCUUUGGCAAAGUUAGGUCCUGCAAGACUUGGUGGAAGGUCACCUCCUAAAAUGAUUGAAGGCCCAGAUGGUAGAAACUUGCAGCUACAGUUUAGGUCCCGGCUAUCUCUUCCCCUAUUCACUGGAGGAAAAGUGGAAGGCGAGCAGGGGGCUCCAAUUCAUGUUGUUCUGAUUGAUGCCAAUAGUGGAAAUGUUGUAACAUCUGGACCUGAAUCAUGUGUUAAACUAGAUGUUGUUGUCCUUGAAGGGGAUUUCAACAAUGAAGAUGAUGAAGAUUGGACUCAAGAUGAUUUUGAAAGUCAUGUGGUAAAAGAACGUGAAGGAAAGAGACCUUUGUUGACUGGGGACCUGCAAGUGACACUCAAGGAAGGAGUUGGAACAUUAGGGGAACUGACAUUUACAGAUAAUUCAAGCUGGAUAAGGAGCCGCAAAUUCAGGCUUGGCCUGAAGAUUGCAUCAGGUUUUGGAGAAUCCAUUCGCAUUCGUGAAGCUAAGACAGUGGCUUUCACAGUUAAAGAUCAUAGAGGAGAAUUAUAUAAGAAGCAUUAUCCCCCUGCAUUGACUGAUGAAGUAUGGAGAUUGGAGAAGAUAGGCAAGGAUGGGUCAUUUCACAAGAAGCUGAAUAAUGCAGGAAUAACCACAGUUGAAGACUUUCUUCGGCUGGUGGUUAAGGAUCAACAGAAGUUGCGGAAUAUCCUUGGGAGUGGUAUGUCAAACAAGAUGUGGGAGGCUCUCUUAGACCAUGCGAAGACAUGUGUUCUAAGUGGGAAGCUCUAUAUUUAUUAUCCAGAAGAUACAAGAAAUGCUGGCAUUAUUUUUAACCACAUCUAUGAGUUGCGAGGCCUUAUAACAGGAGAACAAUUCUUUUCUGCCGACUCUCUCACUGAUAGCCAGAAGGUUUAUGUAGAUUCAUUGGUGAAGAAAGCAUAUGACAAUUGGGAUCAGGUCGUGGAGUAUGAUGGCAAAUCACUCGUGAAUGCUAACCAAAAUAACAGGUCUGCCACAUCUGAAAAUGAACUUCGUGUUGAGUCAAUUGAUUAUGGUAGUGGUUUAGUGGAUCAUCACCUGCAACUGCCGACCAUCCCAGUGUCUGUUCCUUCUGAACAACAAAUUAAUUCAGGGAUAUCUGUUGGAAGUUAUAAUGAUAAUAUAGUAACACGAUAUCCAACCCAGUCAUUGAUUUCAAACUCCAGCUCCCGGAGUCAGUUUGAGAGCUCAUUGUAUCUGUCUAAUGAGCAAUUAAUCAGCAAUGCUCACCAAACCCAAAGCACUAGUAAUGAUCAUGGCACAGUUGGGUUAGCUCUUGGUCCUCCUCAGUCAUCCACAUCAGGGUUCCAUGCUGGUAGCUCUUCUAUUCAGCCAUCUACUCUAAAUCCUUUUGAUGAUUGGUCACAUAACAGGGACAAGGGGGUUGAUGAAUUCUUUUCGGAAGAAGAAAUCCGCCUCAGAAGUCACGAGAUGCUAGAGAAUGAAGAUAUGCAGCACUUGCUUCGCCUCUUCAGCAUGGGAGGUCAUGCUUCCAUAAAUGCUGAGGAUGGCUAUUCAUUCCCAUCAUUCAUGCCAUCUCCCAAUAUUCCAAACUAUGACGAGGAUCGCUCUCGCCCAGGCAGAGCUGUUGUGGGAUGGCUGAAGAUUAAGGCAGCAAUGAGAUGGGGCUUCUUUAUCAGGAAGAUAGCAGCUGAGAAACGGGCACAGAUAGAGGAGUUAGAUGAUUAGGUUGUUUGAACAAUGGUUGCAGGAUUAACAGUUAGCCUUAUGAUUAUACUGAUAUUCUGCAGAUUUAGUUAUCUUUAUCGGUGCCAACCAAAUUUGUGCAGUCCUUGGUGUUGAUAUUCUUGAUUUAUGCAUCUGUGUAUCUGAUUUGACAGCUCGUUUGUCCCAGUAUCCUGUACAGUAUGUUGAAGUUUAGGAAAAACCGUGAUUGCCAUUUGUUUUUCACUUUCGCGUUUAUGCUCCUUACUUUGGCUUUGGGUUUUUAGGGAUGACGUGUUUACAGAACUCCUCUCAUACUUGAGAAGAUAACUAAGAUUUGUCAUCUCACUGUAUAUUUUGGGUUACUUGAUUUUCUAGUUGUAUUAUUACAAUUUAUUAUCUCAACAUUAUCCGUGGAUUACUUCGGUA